CAGAUAUAGUGAAUGCAGGGUCCGGGGAGAACAGAUAUAGUGAAUGCAGGGUCCGGGGAGACCAGAUAUAGUGAAUGCAGGGUCCUGGGAGACCGGAUAUAGUGAAUGCAGGGUCCGGGGAGACCAGAUAUAGUGAAUGCAGGGUCCGGGGAGACCAGAUAUAGUGAAUGCAGGGUCCUGGGAGACCAGAUAUAGUGAAUGCAGGGGUCCGGGGAGACCAGAUAUAGUGAAUGCAGGGUCCGGGGAGACCAGAUAUAGUGAAUGCAGGGUCCUGGGAGACCAGAUAUAGUGAAUGCAGGGUCCGGGGAGAGCAGAUAUAGUGAAUGCAGGGUCCGGGGAGA